AGCGAUCUUUGCGACCUCCAAGCGGUGACGUUUUGCUCGGGACGCACAUCUGCAAAGAGGGAAUUUCAGCUGGCAUUCUUAGGAUUGUUUGUAUGUGUCAAUGUGAGAGGAGAAGUCCUCACCCACGCGAGAUGCUCCAGGAAACUGGCCGCUGUAAAAAUGUGAGCAUUCAGAACAUAAAGAGCACUGGAGGAGCGCACACACACAGAGAGAGAGACACAUGCUUUGAAAUCAUUACAGCGAAGCUCACAUGCUUUGGAGGAGCUUCAGAAGAUGAGUGCAAAGGAAUCCAAUCUACUGCAGGCUGAUCUGCGAGGAGUUUCUUCAUUCGUGAACUCUCUCUCUCUCUUCUCCCACCCCUCCUCCAGUGACUUAACUUUCCUCUUGGCUUUCCGAGAGCCUGAGUCCGCUUGAAUGCCGCAGGACGGCGAGACCCCCUCUUUCAGGAGCGCCAGCGGUUCACUGGCUGAGCACCUCUGGCGAAGAACGGAGAGGGAGGAUUUGACCACGGCCACUUUUGCCACAACGCUAGAGCCAUGAAAUUCUACCUCUUUCUCUUCCUCGCAGCGCUGAAUGGAGACGUCUCAACCUUCUCAAUGAUGGAACGGUCGCCCUGUGAAAUUAGAAGCAUGGAGGCAUUUUGUCACGGCAAAGAUCUUCACCAGAUACCUCCGGAGCUUCACCCAAAUUUACGUAAAAUCGACCUCUCCAAAAACAAGCUCCUGAACAUCACAGAAAGUCCCCUGGCUUUUUACACCUCCCUCCGCCAUCUAGACUUAAGUUCCAAUUAUAUCGGUUUCAUCGAGUCUGAAAUCUUCAGAGAUAUGAGGAAUUUGGAGGAGAUCAACUUGGCCGACAACCAGCUCUACCAGUUGGCUCAGCACGACCUGUGGCUUGGCUCACUCCCCCAAGUCAGAACGCUAGACUUGUCCCGCAACAGACUCUACACUGGGAUGGCUGAACAUUUCAUCCACAAAGCUCCUUCGCUUCGGCACCUUUCAUUGGCGGAGAACAGCAUUAUAGAAAUUUCACAAAGGACGUUCCAGGGGUCUCCAGGUCUGGUUGAAGUGGACCUUCACAGCAAUAUGAUCAUGGAGAUAGAAGAAGGAGCCUUUGAGAUCCUGUCACAACUCUCCAAGCUCAACCUCUCUAUGAACUCCCUCACCUGUAUUGCUGGCUUCAACCUGAAACAGCUGAGAGUUCUCGAUCUCAGCCGGAACAGCAUUGAGACCUUCCAUUCCACCAAAUCCGAGGAGGAGUUCAACCUGGUUUGGCUGGACUUGAGCGAGAAUAAGCUCCUCCGGUUCCCAUUUCUCACGCAGGCAAGCAAACUGGCCUACCUGAAUUUAUCCAAGAACAUAAUGCAGUUUGUUAUGGUGGAAUCUCCACGUGAUGACGAUGAUGGCGACUACGGCUGGAUGGACACAACUCUUGGUCUUCAGAACCAGGCUCAGAAGAACAACACCAUCUCUCCACAUCUGCCUGGACUGUUAUAUUUGGACCUGAGCUACAAUGAGAUCCAAACCAUCCCAAGCGAGUUCUUUACUUCCAUGUCUGCCCUUCAGGUUCUCAACCUCAGCAAAAACUGCCUUCAGAUUUUCAUGGCAAGUGCCGAGCUGGUCUCACUGACCACCCUCGACCUCAGUUCUAACUCUUUGCAGCAUCUGGAUUGGGGUUCCGGCACCCUGGUCAACUUGCAGAAGCUCUUCCUCCAAGGCAACCGUCUCCAAUCACUGCCACCAGACAUCUUUGCCCACCUCCCUCGCCUCUCGCUUCUGAACCUCCGAAGCAACAACCUCUGUCUUUGUGGCUUCUAUUCAGGGUUAGCCAGGAAAAGGCUCGCUGGGGAGGACCGCGGCUGCGUCUCGUUCGUCGACCUUCCUGAACUUCAGCACUUGUACCUUUCUGACAACAAGCUGAAGAGGAUUCCCAUGCAUGCUUUCUACAGGACUCAACUCGUAGCCUUGGACCUCUCUCUGAACUGGGGACUCCACAUAGAGCCCAAAUCUUUCUCGGGCUUGGAGAUGUCUCUAAAAUAUAUGGAUUUGCACGGGAACGGCAUGACAUCUCUGAGCACUGACUUCCCGCUUUUCCCGCACCUCGUAUAUCUCAACUUGUCAGACAACCGAUUGAGCUGGUUGCCUGCUUGGUCUGAGAACUGCUGUGCCCUGGAAGUCCUGGAUCUGCAGAACAACAGCUUCAGCGACCUCAAAGGUAGCAAGAUCCCAACUUUGGAGAAGAACCUACGGAACUUGUACCUGGCGGGCAACCCGCUCAGUUGCUGCGGGAACAUUUGGCUCUCCCAAAUGAUCCACAGGGCCACUGUGGAGAUCCCCAACUUGGACCUCACCAAAUGUCAGUACGCCAAGAGCUUUGGCUACGAAGAAGAAAUGGCGGUCAGGGACAUCAGGCCAGAAGAUUGCGAGAAGGAGGAUCUCAAGAAGAUGAGCGUUUUGAUCUUGGUGGCAGCCGUCCUGGCUCUGUCCCUGGUCGUCGUCGGGGUGGGUGUGUUUUGCUGCUAUCGCAGGCACAUGUUUGGCCGACACUUUAAGGCAUAGGUCUUACGUCUGAGGUAGGCUUCCAUCCCUACAUCCCUCACCACUGGACGACUCACAUCCGAAGGUGUGAACGGACCCCACUGAAGAACGUGGGAGGUGAGAAGAUGAAAGCUUGGUCUGUGGGAUUACUCUGCGGUGACUCAUUCACACAUGCAGAACAAAUCUACUUUAUUUUUCAAUUAAAAUUGUACAUUCAUCUUUUGAGCUGCUGA